UACCAUCUCCGCCCCUAUUACCACCAUCCACCACCACCACCGCCAUCCACGCCACCACACCAUAUGCGCCUUCGCAUAUCAGUGCCGGGUGUGAUUCUAUACCGAUCGUCGUGUGUGGUUCCGAUGAGGCAUAUCAGGUGGUUGGAUUGAAAAGUGGCCUUUAGCCGAUAUGAGUACUGCGGAAUGCUCACCUUAUGGUUCUGUUUGGUGUUGUUGAGGCCACAUUUUGGGCAAUUUUUUAUGAUGUUUGGGCUGCUGUUCAAGCUAUUGUUUGGGCUACUCUUUAGACUGCUUUUUGGUGGAUGUUUGGGAUGCGAGGCUCUUGAUCAAGAGAUUGGGCUAGCCAAAGCUAGGCAUGAAGGAUUUGUUUCAAAGCAUCUUGUACAUGCAAUCUAAAGGCACAAAUGAAAAAAGAAGCUUUUGGCUGUUGUUGGAAUUCUUACGGGUUUUGGCCGCAGACACAACAGAGAAGCAAUCCAUAAGGCAUGAAUUCAUACGGAGCUACACUAAAAUUUCUGGAAGAUGAGAAGGGCAUUAUCAAUAUAACUUGUUAUAGGCAGAAAGUAUUUCUGUUAGUAAUCAACACCAAACUGAGGAUCAUCCCGAGUAGGCUCUAAUUUGACUUAUGAAUUGUAGUUCAAAUCGCAAAGACAAUUCAGAGAGGGACAUCAGCAAUGAGAACGAGAAGACAAAGGACAAAGCAAUGAGAAUGAGAAUACAAAUGAUUUCCUUAUUAUUGUAUGCAUGUUGGCAUUCUUGAUUAUCCACUUCACAUAUUUUACUUUUUGUUGGUGGUUCCUCUUGAACCAUUGGAAUCCUUUGAUGUCACUCAUGUGGAAAGGUAUGGAUUGACUGGUACUUAUGAAGCACGAAGGGCAAAGCAGGAAAGGAAGACCGGCCAGAUGGUUAUGAUAUGGAAGAGAAAGCUGUUAGAGCGCGCUUAUCAUUUAGCAACGCUUAAGUAUUGGGGUCCUGCAACUCAUCGAUUUCCAGGUAUAAGAAAUAUCACUUGCAAGCUAGGAGUUGAUGCCUAUAGAUGGACCUAAGAAUCGUUUGAUUGCAUUCUAGAUCUAGGCUCGAUGCCUCGAUUUGUUUCCCUUUUAUGGCAUCUGUCAAAAUCGAAAAAACCACAAUUUUGUUUUGUGCAUGUAUCUUGUAUGCAUAUUCAUCAAAAUG